UCAACUCCCAAUUUUGUGGUUGAAGUUAUAAAGAAUGAUGGCAAAAAAGCCCUUGUGCUGGACUGUCACUAUCCAGAGGACGAGGUUGGACAAGAAGAGGAGGCUGAAAGUGACAUUUUCUCCAUCAGGGAAGUUAGCUUCCAAACCAGUGGCGAGUCUGAAUGGAAGGACACUAAUUAUACACUCAACACAGAUUCCCUGGACUGGGCUUUGUACGACCACCUAAUGGAUUUCCUUGCGGACCGAGGAGUAGACAAUACUUUUGCAGAUGAGUUGGUGGAACUCAGCACGGCCCUAGAGCACCAAGAGUAUAUUACUUUUCUUGAAGAUCUCAAAAGUUUUGUUAAGAGCCAGUAAAGCAGAGACACUGAAAGCCUCAAUUUAUGGCAGGCUUCAGCCAGUGAACAAAACCUACUCUGAUGCCAGACGCGUGCUUUG